UGCUGCCAUCUGGCGAGCGCUCCGAACGUCGUUGAUUACAUCCUUUUUGCAUUUAUUUACCUCGUCAUCUCAUUCAGCGACGGAAGCGGACGGUCGUGCGUGAUCUAGGAUCUGACUUCAAGCUUUAGUUUUGCGUUGUCACCCAGCAUCAACCCCCACCUCGCUAUCAGCAUGAACUAGCAGACCGGCCUCCAAGUCAAAAACCUCGCGCAGUCGCUCCUGUGCCUUAUAAGUGGCAGUUAUCUAGUGCGGUGCGGUAGCCCCCUGGUUGUCGUCCGAUUACAAGAUGCUGUACUUGAUACUGCAAUGGUACAUUUUGGUACCUGCUCUGCUAGCCCUGCUCUACUGGCAUGGGACCAAAAACUUUUCUCAUUGGCGGAAGCAUGGUGUAAAGCACAUCCCUCCUGUAUUCUUCUUUGGCAACAUACGCAAGCGAGUGCUUUUCCAGCAAUCAUUCCAUGAAAUUCAGAAGGAACUGUACUUUGCCUUCCCUGGCGAAAAAAUAGCAGGCAUUUACGAGGGAAGACGUCCAACUCUGAUGGUCCGUGAUCCUGAAUUAAUUCGCCUCAUCAUGGUGCGAGAUUUUGACCAUUUUGUGGAUCGUCCCUUUUUGCGAUUCCCUCAGAGGCCUUCUAUUGCCAACAUGCUUAUAAGCCUGCAAGGGGCUCACUGGAAGUCAGUACGAGCCACUCUAACCCCUACAUUCACAUCAGGCAAAAUUAAGGCAAUGUCUUUGCUUGUCACGGACGUUGGCAAGCAAAUGGUUUCAUAUCUUGAAAAAACAAUUGACAAACCAGAUGGAUGUGACAUGGAAAUGAAAGAUUUCUUUGGCCGUUUCACUAUGGAUGUUAUUGCAUCAUGUGCAUUUGGAGUUCAGUGUGAUUCACUUACAACGCCUGAUGCCGAAUUUGCAGCAUUUGCUGGCAAAUUCAAUGAUGUACCAAUUUAUGAGAGAAUCAUGAUUUUCUCAAUAUUACUCUUUGCUCCUAAUCUGGCACGCUUUUUCCCUCUGUCAUUUUUGAACCGAGACGUAGCUAAAUUCUUGGAAUCAGUUGUGCGGGAUACCAAAGCUCAAAGAAUAAAAAAUGGAAUUAGGAGGAAUGAUUUCUUGCAGCUAAUGAUUGACACUGCCGAUGCUGACAAAGCUGAUGGAAAAAAGACAGUUUUGACAGAAGACAUUGUGAUUGCUCAGUCAAUUCUGUUCCUAUUGGCUGGCUUUGAAACUUCAAGCACAGUUUUGGCAUUCACUGCCUAUGAAUUGGCACUGAAUCCUGACAUCCAAUCAAAGCUCCGCGAGGAAAUUUUCAAAGUUUUGGAAAAACACCAAGGGAAAUGCACCUAUGAAGCUGUUCAGGAGAUGGAAUAUUUGGAUAUGGUUAUACAUGAGUCUAUGAGAAAACAUCCACCAGUUGCAAGGAUGGAUCGUCAGUGUACUGCUGCAUACACAGUUCCUGACACUAACUUGAAGCUGGAGCCCGGGACCAGCGUCACCAUACCAGUCAUGGGAUUGCAUUAUGACCCUGAGUAUUACCCAGAUCCAGACAAGUUCGAUCCUUUGAGGUUUUCUUCUGAGGAAAAAGCGAGGAGGUCACCCUAUGUAUACCUUCCAUUUGGUGCUGGACCAAGAAAUUGUAUUGGUGCUCGGUUUGCUUUAACAUCCACUAAGAUGGCAAUGGCUUACUUGCUUCAAGACUUCAAAGUCGAACCAUGUGGCAAGACAGAGGUUCCCUAUACGUACAGUAAAUUCAGUAUGAUGCUGAAAGCUCACAAAGGCGUUUGGUUGAAUCUAAAACGUUUGGUUGAAGUUUCAUCUCCAUCAUAGUACUGUAGUUAAAUUUUCUGUCUAGCCACAAUCCUUUCAAGGGUUAGAAAUUGUAUUUCAAUUCUAGUUUAUCCUUGAAAUCGCCUUGAUAAUUUUGACGUAUAGCAGUAUUUGUAAUCAUCCUACAAAAUGAGCACCUGGAAAGUAUUCCAGUUUAUUAUGUACAAUGCUUGAUAUUUUUUUACUCUUUAAAUUACUAGCUUUAUGUCUAGUGUUGUUUCCACUGCACCAGACAUGAGAUUAGGGCCUCAGAUGUGGCUCAAAUUUCCAUGGGCCUCUCCUUUUUACAGCAAGGCCAUUAGAUGUUCCUUUUGCCAAAGUUGCUGUGGUGGGUGGUUGUGUGUUGCCUUGCCUUCCAGCCCUUGCUUCAAGGCAGGCAACUUUUUGAACUAUUUUUUCCUCUGAGGAGGUGGCUAACUGUUUUUUUAGCCAGUGACUCAAAUUUUGCUAGUUUUUAGUUUUUUCGAUGUUUACAAUGGAUAUUGUAGUAAACAAGUUUGGUUUCUUUCAAACCAUGGGAUCUGUAUUAUGAGAACUGUAAUUUGUCUGUGAUUUUUUGACACUAGACCAAAGACAAGUCCAGUGAAAAUUUAUGUACCCAAAAACAAUAAAGACAAACAACACAUAUUGAAA